CAGGCUACGGGCGGGAGCGCCAGCCGUCCCAAAAGCGAGGGCGCUCUCUGGGCCCAGGGAGGCGGCUUCUGAAAGGCAAAGCUCGCGGUUUGAUUUCUUUCAGUGAGUCGCAGCUUCGCCUCCCGGCCUUAACCGUGCGGGGAGAGGCGGAAGGGUUGCGAGGGCUGGAGCCCGGAGUGGAAGAGGACCGUCGCGAGCAAAUUUUGCCCCACCCACGUGGGCGAGGGAGCCGCUCGGCCACGGAGAGGGCGAGGAGAGCGGCCAGCUGCGGCGCGGAGUCUUCCCUGCACUGCCGGACGGGCGCCCGGGAGCGCAGGCGGUGCUGCACAUGGACUGGUGGCUUGAUCCAGCAUAAGGACGUUCCUGUCUUCGACCGAAUGGCCCGGACAGGUGGGUAAUAUUAAAGCCUAGCAGCAAAACUGGCAGAGUUGCUACAGAGGAAGACACCAUGUGACGUGUACAACCAGGAUCAUUUCUCUUCUGUCCUAGCCCCUCAGCAUUCUUCCUGCUUUCUGGGGUUUGGGGAUUUUUUUUCUCCUCUCGCAAGUGGAUAAAUGAGAGUAAAAGGAAUGGAAACUGCCUGAAAGUCCUUCUGGAGCAAACCAGGAGUCUUUCUGUUCCAUUACAUGCUCUUCAGUGUGCCAGGACAUAAUGAAAAUAUGGAAUUUUCCUAUUUGCCGAAGCAGCAAACUUUGUAUAAACAAGGGCUGUAAACAAGGUGCAAGGGAACAAGCAGGACCACCACCAGCAUGACCUCCUUUUUUAUGAAUUCACAGUAGCAACUCUUAGCCAUAGGCUGAAGGCACGAUGCUUCGUCAUUGCAUGAUAUUUGUCAUUGGCACAGUGCUUGCGUGCAGAAAAGCACUUUCAGCUCCCAGCUGUUCAGUGGAAGGCAGCAAAGCAUUCUAUGAUUUCUGCAACCUCACUUGGGUGCCCCCUGUGCCUGAACAGGUUGUUCUUCUCUUCCUAAAUUUCAACUUCAUCCAGGAAGUGAAUGCGACCUCUUUCCCACUGAGGGAGAGACUAAGGAUUUUAUCACUUGGGACACAAAAACGCUUUCCCUUAACCAUAGGAAAAGAUGCUUUUAGGAACUUGCCAAAUCUCACAGAAUUGGAUUUGGGUGGCAAUGAAAUGAUGAUUUUAGACCCUGAUGCGUUUGUUGGUUUGUUUAAAGUACAUACUCUUCUGCUGUUUAAAAAUAAUCUUGAUGAAUCCAUUCUGGAAGAGGAUUACCUUAGAGAUUUGAUAUCGUUGGAAUAUCUGGACAUUAAAUAUAACAGAAUCACUCGUAUUCGUCCUCACAGAAUAUUUUAUAACAUGAAAUCCUUGGCCAUUCUAGACUUCAAAUUAAACCCUAUUGCAUCUGUCUGUGAAGGGGAUCUUAAUAGUUUUCGAGGAGCAAGGUUCAAAAUGUUUAUUCUUCGUUCUACUAGUUUGUAUUCAAAAUCUCCUGUGGAUUGGGCCACUUGUGGGAACCCUUUAAAAAACAUUCACAUAGAAACACUGGAUGUUGGAGGUAAUGGCUGGGAUACAACUAUAACAGAGCAAUUCUGCAGAGCUAUUAGUGGAUCUCCACUUUUGGAUUUGAGGAUCUCCUCUCACAUUAUGGGUGCAUCAUUUGGAUUUAAUAAUCUUCCUGAUCCUGAUGAUAAUACAUUUGUAGGUCUUACUAACAGUGGCCUCCUCUUGCUUAAUAUUUCACAUGGCUUUAUUUUUUCUCUUAAACCACGUGUAUUUCAAUAUCUUCAUGAUUUGAAGAUGCUUAAUCUUAAUAAUAACAAAAUAAAUGAAAUUUGGAAAGAAGCAUUUCUUGGUCUUCAGAACCUGCAACAUCUAUACCUAUCAGACAAUCUACUUGGUGAGCUCUAUCAGUACACUUUUGAAGGACUUCCCAAUGUGGUUGAGAUAGAUCUACAACGUAACCACAUUGGAGUGAUGGACAGAGAUCCAUUCAAAUCCUUACCAAGGCUUCAGCAGGUGGAUCUCAGGGAUAAUGCUUUGAAAGUAAUCUAUUCUCUCCCAAAUCUCACCUUUGUUUUGUUAGGUGGCAACCGGCUACAGUCUACACGUGUCAACGAAAUAGCAUCUAAAAAUACCACAUUCCUUCACUUGGAAGGAAACAGAUUGGAGAAUCUGGGUGACCUCUAUGAACUUCUCCAAAUUCCAGUCCUAAAGCAUCUCAUUUUAAGAAACAAUCGUUUCUCCUAUUGCUACAAAGACAAAGACAUAGCAAAGGACAACCAGUUGAUUUACUUGGACCUUGGAGACAACAUGCUAAAGCUUAUAUGGGAGAGAGGUUUAUGCUUGGAUGUGUUCAAAGCACUUUCUCACUUAGCAGUUCUCCAUCUCAAUAACAACUACCUUACUUUUCUCCCAGAGGGAAUAUUUAGUGAGCUAAUGUCACUCGAGACACUUAACUUGGAUUACAACCUAUUGACUUCCAUUUCUCAUGAUGCCUUUCCUACAAGCCUAAAAAUUCUUAAAUUGUCAUCAAAUCAGCUGCUUUACCCUGAUCCUCAGCUCUUUGCAACGUUAGACCAGCUGGAUAUCACCCAUAACACAUUUUACUGUAACUGCCUAUUAAGCAACCUUAUUAUAUGGCUAAACCACACCAAUGUUACCUUAGCUGGGUCACCCAAAGAUAUGUUCUGUUCUGGACCACCGGAGUUCGUUGGCAUUCCUCUCCAAGACUUAAAUACAGAUGACUGCAGUAAAGACAAACUCAUGGAGACUCUGCAGCUGUCACUCUUCAUCUUUACCUGUGUUGGUCUAACUGUGUUUCAGGUGGCAGUCGUUGUUUUUACUCGUUUUAGGGGAGCUUGUUUCCUCUGUUAUAAGAGACUCACACAAUUCCUCAUGAAGGAGCACCCACCAGAGUUGGAUCAACAGGGAUACAAGUAUGAUGCUUACCUUUGCUAUAGCAGCAAAGACUUUGAGUGGGUCCAGAACUCCUUGAUAAAACAUCUAGAUUCUCAGUAUUCUAAGAAGAACAGAUUUGCUCUCUGCUUUGAAGAUAGAGACUUUCUGCCUGGGGAGGAUCAUAUCAGCAAUAUUCGUAAUGCUAUCUGGAACUGCAGGAAAACAAUUUGUGUGGUCACAAGACAGUUUCUCAAGGAUGGUUGGUGUGUGGAAGCUUUUAAUUUUGCCCAGAGCAGGUAUUUCUCAGAUCUGAAGGAUGUCCUCAUUGUGGUGGUAGCGGGAUCUCUUUCUCAAUAUCAGCUUAUGAGAUAUCAGCCAAUCAGAGUCUUCUUGCAAAGGGGGCAGUACUUGAGAUGGCCAGAAGACCAUCAAGAUUUGGAGUGGUUUUUAAGCACAUUGUCUCACCAAAUAAUGAAGAAAAAGGAAAUUAAGAAGAAAUCCCCAAUGCUAGAAUUGAAAGUUAUAACAGUGUCCUAACAGGCAUGGUUCCUGGCCACCAUGCAAUGUCAUAAGAAGGCUGACUUUCCAGAGAAUUUGCCAGUUCAUCCUGAAAUCACAUCGAGCUGUUCUUUCUCUCCAAUGAGAAGAUGAAUCUGGUGUUGAUACGUCUCCGUUACAUCUCUGGUGAACUUGAUUUCAUUUCUGUCAAGUAUCAGAUUACAUACUGUAGUGUUAAGUUGUGAAAGUUGAGUUUUGGAAUAUUGGUGUACUAUUUUGGAGGGCUGUUGCAUGCAUGUCUGCUGAAAUAAAGGAGGACUGCAGUUUAAUGCAGCUAUAAAUGUUGCUGGUGUUGCUUAGCCCAAAGCGGGGGGGGGGGGCGGAAUCAUUGCAGUCCUCUUCUUUGGUGGGUUCAGAGGAUAAAUCUGUGCAAACAUUCAGUAGACAUGCCCCCCUCCAGUGUUUUGUAUCUCUGUAUUUCUUUGUGCAUUGAGCAACCAGCCUCAGCAGAUUUGUUGCCAAGUUCAGCUCAAUAUAUCCACAUGCCUUCCUGUAUUGAGAGACCAUCCUUUUCAGACUUCCUGUUCAUGGAGAAGUUUGUUAAUAUAUUCAACUCAAAAAGAUAUGCAGGAGUGCUUGACCUACAAGAUGAGGGGGAGGGUAGCUUGCAUUCCUGUCCUGAAAGCUUGCAGAGAGUGAUAAUUGAAAUAUCUGGCUAAAUUUUCCCAAUGUACAUUUUUCAGACAAAUCUGUGUUUUGUUUCUGCAUAUGCAUUUCUUCUCAAGAUUGACAUUUUGAAAUCUGACUGAGCAGGUCACUUUCCAUCAUGAUUUUUUUUUUUUUUUUUGGCUCAGUUAUUCAAUUCCCUGUAAAUUAAGCACAUACCAGGGAGGAUGACAUCAUUGCAAGUUCUUCCCUUGUCUUCUGCGUGUUUUUGCCAUGUCCACAAGAUAUCCCAACAUGAUGAUCUACAGAUGAUCCAGAUUAGCUGUCCAGAUUUGUUGGAUUGCAACUGCCAUAAUUCCAGCCAAAUCCGGGGAAAGUUGUUCAAAUUAUUUGACUAGUUUGAGGCAGGGUCUUCCCACAAUACUGUACUUAUUUUGAAUAGACUGGAAAGAGUUUGUGCAAUAAGAGUUUUAUAUACCAACUCCCUCAGUGGCCAAGCAAUUUAGGCCUUGGUGGAAUCAAACCCAGUACUUCACCUCUUUCAUGUUACUCCUAUUGUUUUCCCCCCAUUUUGUUCAUAAUAUUAAAUUGAUUGGAACAACUGUUAUUUAAAAACCUGUUUUCGGAGCCUCUUGAACUUGUUCCAGAUUAACUAUCUCAGAGCAGGCAUGCAAGGGAAUGUCAUUCCAUUUGUUUUUUUAUAAGACCUUACCCAGACUUGCAUAUUUUUUUCAAAACCGAGAAAGCAUUCAAGAUGUUAACAAUUUGAACAUAGGAGACCACAAAAAUGACAGAUUCAUCCAUCAUUCAAAUAAUAUUCAAACUUAAGUUGCUUUGAAGAUACCAGGUUAUUCUACAUGUGGCUGAAUGAAUGUAAAUAUGGAGUGUUUAAUGCAAAACAGAAUUCUUGUCCUCUGUUGAUGCGAAGCACAUGACUAGAAACCAGUUAAAUGAUAUCAGGAGGCAUUAUGCAUCUCUAACUGAUGUUAUGAAUUAUAACUGAUAUUAUGUGAUUCACUGAUGUUCAUUAUUAUCUCAAAGAAAUUCUAAAUAUUUCUGCUAGCUUUCGUUUUUACCAUUGGUCUACUUGUCACAGGUGAUUAGAAGGCACAAGCUGAGUUAGCGGACUGCCAAAAGUAUAGCUGGAAUGUGGAAAUGUGCGUCCUUUCUCUCCAUGAAAUGCAGAAACUUAAUUGGCUGCUGAAGAAAAUAAAAAUAAUCCAGCUAAGAGGGCUGGCGAUGAGGAGAAAAUAAUAUUCAUUCCGUGAAAUAUCAGUCUGCUGCCUUUUUUAUAUUAGAAGCGACUUUCCUAAGCAGCCUGCAUGGAAACCCAGCUAGUGGAAAUAGAGUAUCUGUUCCAGGAUCUAUUCUACUCAGCAUCUUUCCUAGACAUGCAGAACAAGGCUUUCCUUCUUGUCCAGUGUAGGAGAACAUCUGGGUAGUGAAAGGAUGGAGAGAUGCAUGCCUUUCUUCUCACCCUACUGGAUUGCUAAAUUGGAGAAGAUUAAGCUGUAUCCAGUUUAGAAUGAGGUGAGCUGGACCUUUGCUUUGCAGCGUGCUAGCUUUCCAUUGAAAAAUUAGCUUUCUUUAAUAGAAACCAUCUGGGAGCCAAGGAAUCUGGUGGGCACCAAGAUAAAUGUCCACAAGUAGAUUGUCCUCCUGCCAACUGCCUUGUUAGGGACCCUGAGAAUAGAAGGGUGGGUUAUGAUCUUAAAGCAACUUGAGUUUAAUUGGAAUACUGAAGAAGCUCCUAUGGUAUUGGUAAUUUCUAAAUGGCAUUCUCUUGCUGUUCCUGCUUUUUAAAAACGAGUGUGCAAAUGUGAGAUAGCUCAAAAAAGUCCAAAGGAAUGAAAAGGCGGUUUCUCUCUUCACUAACUUUCUCAAAGUGUAAGGUGUUUUGGUUCAAAUACUGUUGUUCAUAAUACCUAUUGAUGGGAUAUUCUGCAUUCUUACUUUAACUUGUAUUUUGCAAUAUAUUAUAUAAUGAGAUGAAUAUUUAUUUUGUAUAAUUAAAUGAUUAAAAACAA